UAAAUGGAGAUCCGUCUUGCCCGAAUGACUGGGAUACGUGCCAUUAUCAAGCCUACGAUAUCGCAUCAAUGGUCUAUUGGGGUGAAGCGCCGGAUACGGUGACCGUGUUUCAUGAAGAUGUCUCCGUGGAGGUCAAACUGCACCGUGCUCCAUCCCCGUCCAUGUACACGAAUGAUAUCUCCGUUUGUGUUGGACCUAUGCAUUGGGAUUUCUCGAGGUUCGUGGCUGGCCAUUGCUUCCAUUCAACAAAUAUGUUAGUGAUGCUAAAGAGAUCGGUUGUCUAUUCGAUUCAGUGGAAUCCCAACUUGUACACCUACAAUGUGGCUCAUCAUCGUGAAAUGUACGAUUGCGGGUUCUGGUCGGCUUCGAAAUGGACAUUCUACGGGGAUCUCGAUGAUUUACCGUAUAUUCGCGAGAAAAAGGGCAUUAACAUUCCCAAAGAGGAGGCUCUCUAUUUGCAUAUGAGGGCCAAUUUUGAUUGGGACCCAAAUGUGACCAGAAUCGAGAAUCGAAAAUACAUGGAUGUCAAGUUUUUUAAAGAGAAAGCAAUUGAUGAAAAGCUAGAAGAAAUCCGUGAAAGGAUUCGCGAGAUUUUGCGGGAGGAGAAACCCGAAUAUCGGGGAUUCGAAGUGAUGGCAGCGAUGGAUCGAUGUGUCAAAAGAUUGAAACAAGAAGACGAGCCAUUCAAUAGGACGGAAUGUUGGAACCCGGGCGCCCCGUGUUUCGGCGAUAUUUACCCGUUGGACGAGUGGGUGCUGGCGAAACCGGAAGAGAACAACAAAUUUCACAUUCUU